AUGCGCCCCCUGGCCCGAAUCCCAGUCAAGACCAUGCCAAAGCGCUUCCUGGGGUCUCACCUGGAACCCAUGUUUGCUGCACGCGUGCGGCAUGAGGUGGACGUGUAUCGCACCAUGGGGCAGAGCCUGAACGUGGCACACCUGGAGGCAGCAUUUGAGGAUGAUGUUGCGGUCGACUUGGUUCUUGAGCUCUGCCAGGGCGGCACCAUGUGGCAGCGCAUCAAGCGCGGCGCGUACUCUGAGCGCACCGCGGCGCGGCUCGUGCGCGAGGUGCUGCGCGCCGUGGCUCAGUGCCACGCCAAGGGGGUCAUCGUCCGGGAUGUCAAGCCGGACAACUUCCUCUUUUUGAAUGACCGCGAGGACAGCCCCUUGAAAAUGGUCGACUUUGGCCUGGCCCAGUUCUGUGCCCCGGGGGACCUCCUCCACGACCGCGCGGGCACGCCCUUCUUCGUUGCGCCAGAGGUGCUCAAGCAGAACUACUCCCUGCCAGCAGACGUCUGGAGCGCGGGCAUCACGGCCUACCAGCUGCUGGCGGGCCACUUCCCGUGGCACCGCGACCCCGACAUAAUGGAGGCGCAGAUGAAGGCGAACGAGGACGACGCCAUGAGGACCGGCAGGGGUGGUGGUGGUGAGUUGCGAAUGACCAACAAGAUGCUCUUCCGCGCCAUCCUCUUUGCUGAGUUUGACUUUGAUUGGGAGCCCUGGCCGGCCAUCAGCGACGAGGGGAAGGACUUUGUGCAGCAGAUGCUGCAGCGCGACCCCGAGAAGCGCCCCACUGCGGUCCAGCUGCUGCACCACCCCUGGCUGACACGCCUGGACGGCGGCAGCGGCAGCAGUAGCAGCGGCGGCGGCAGCAGCAGCAGCCGUGGCAGCGAAGGCGUUGAUAGAGGUGAAGGCGCCGGCCUGGAGGAGGAGGCGCCGCUGAACGACACACUGGUGCAGCGGCUACAGCGGUACGGCACGUACGGGCGCUUGAAACAGGUGGCGCUGCGCGAGGUGGCGGCCCUGAUGCUGCAGGAUGGCGCCGUACUACAGGGCCUGGCGGAGGCCUUCCGCAAGCUGGACACGCAGGGGACGGGCCGCGUGCCGUUCCAGCUGGCCGUGGAAGAGCUCAGGAACGGCGACUGGGACCUGUCAGACUCAGAGGUCCGCACCCUGCUGCAGCAGUUUGAUCUUGACCGCGACGGACUGAUUGACCUGGCGGAGUGGACGGCGGCCCUCAUGGAUUGGGGUGCAGUGGAGCAGCGCGAGGAGUGGGAGGCCUGGGUCCACAAAGUCUUUGACCUGUUUGACCGCGACCACUCCAGCCGCAUUUCAACUGAGGAGCUGGCCCAGGUGCUCUGCGGCGAUGGGUCCGACGAGGAGCUGUGCAUCCCGGACGCGGUGCCCGCGGCGCUGCGGCGCGUGGACGUGGACGGGGAUGGCUACGUAGAUUUUGCAGAGUUCCUUCAGAUGCUGCACACCUCUGACGCCGACUCGCUGGACCUUUUCCCCAGCCGCCGGCUGCGUCGCGGAUCAAAGCGAGCGCAGGAGCUCGCCGCGCAGCGCAAGCGCACCGCGCAGACCUGA